AUGAGGUGGUUUUAUUCCCCGCUUCGGGAUUGCGCGUCCCCCCGCGAUGCCGCCUCAGCACGGUCGCGAGUCUUCAUUUACCUCGGUCUAGCUGUGACUUUACUACUUCUAUCAUAUCAGCUGAUUCUCGAUCGAGCACCGAGUAUAGGUACAAGUUGGACAACUAUUCAGGGUAUCAUUGUGGCUGAUGAUCGUUUCGUUCCGGAUCUUGUACCUGCCGAGAAGGAAUUGGUUCUUGCCGCUAUACAAGCGAGCAAUAUGUCCUGGGUCGAGGAACAUCUCCCAGAGUGGAGGGUGAAUAUUUAUCGUGCGGAUGCGAAACAUGGAGACAUUGGCUUGACGGUGCCCGUAAAUAAGGGUAAUGAGGCUAUGGUAUAUCUGACCUAUAUUAUUGAUCGCUACUGGUCCCUCCCCGAAGUAUCAAUCUUCCUACACGGCGGCCGUUACCAAUGGCAUGUCGAUAACCCGCUCUACGACUCGGUGAUCUCCAUCAACCAUCUCAACCUCGACUUCGUCCAAGAGGCCGGUUACGUGAAUAUGCGCUGUGCCUGGAGCGUCGGAUGUCCCACCGAACUCGAACCCGCUCGCUAUCUUCGCGAGAGACCAGAAGACGCCGGACAUCCCACUGCGGUCGAGUAUCCUGAUCGGUUUAUGGAGCUGUUCCCGCGUACGGAGGUCCCGGAGGUUGUCGGGACACCGUGUUGUAGUCAGUUUGCUUUGUCCAAGACGAAGAUUCACGAGCAGAGUCUGGAGCACUAUGUUCGUUUGCAGCGGUGGUUGAUGGAUACCGAUUUGGAGGCCGGCAUCAGUGGCCGGAUUCUGGAGUAUUCAUGGCAUAUGAUCUUUGGAAAACCGGCUCAGUAUUGUCUUGAUCAACGUCAAUGCUAUUGCCAGACAUACGGUUAUUGUAAUAUGACUGACAGCGACCUCCAAAAGCAGUGGGUAUGGCGCGGUUUACAGCUGCCAAAAGGAUGGCCAGAACAGAGUGAAACCACGGAAUAG